AUGGCGACGCUCCGCACGCUCGUCCGGGUCCUGGUCGUCCUGGCCGCGGUGGCGGCCUCCGGCGCCUUCCUGCGCCGGCCGCGCGGCCUCAAGCACACCAAGCCCGAGUUCUGGAUGGAUUCGGUGCAGCUGGCCAGACUGCAGGGCUACGCGAUGGACAUGCACCGAUUCUUCACCUCUGACGGGUACGAGGUGGCGCUCCACCACAUCGUGGCCAGCAAGAACGGCACCCUGGGGGGCGUCCCCGUGCUGCUGGGCCACGGGCUGGCGUCGUGCGACGAGCAGUGGCUGGCCAGGGGGGCCACCGCCCUCGUCUACAUGCUGGUGGAACUGGGCUUCGACGUGUGGACGGUCAACUACCGCGGCAGCUUCUACAGUCGGGGCCACAAGACACUCACCAGCAGGCACCACGACUACUGGGACUUUAGCUGGCACGAGAACGGCGUGGUCGACCAGGCGGAGGCCAUCGACUACGUGCUGCAGGCGACGGGCCGCCAGAAGCUGGUGGUGAUCGGCCACUCCAUGAGCAGCACGGCCCAGGUGGUGCUGCUGGCGGAGCGCCCCGAGUACAACGACAAGGUCAUGGGGCAGGUGCUGCUGGCGCCGCCCGUCAACUUCGAGCACUCCACCGGCGCCCUGGCCUACGCCGGCAAGGUCCUCCUCAACCUCCCCGGCAUGAAGGAGAGCGGCACCGAGAACGUGCAGAACGAUGUCUUCAGCGGCUUCGAGAAACCGUUCCCCCAGUCGUGCUACCCCGACCACAGUGGCGUGAACCCCAAGCUGUUCCCCUUCUGCCAGCGCCUCAUCGAGUUCGUCCUCGGCAAGGUGCACGAGCCCGUGGACCCCUACCAGAUGCAGAUGAUUCUGCACCACUACCCUGCCGGGUCCUCCAUCCGGCAGAUUCGGCACUUCUCGCAGUGCAUCGCCGCCGGAAAGUUCAUGCAGUACGACUACGGCAAGGCCAGGAACCAGGCCUUGUACGGCCAGGACCUGCCGCCGGAGUACAACCUGACCAACAUCAGGACCCCGACGUACCUCAUGUACGCGCUGGGGGACGGCAGCGUCAACUGGAAGGACGUGGAGAUUUUCGGCAAACUCCUGAGCCCCGGGGUUCUGAGGAAACUCCACCGACUGCCGCCGAAGGACUACUGCCACGUCGACUUCCUGAUCGCCCGCGACGCCGUGGAGCUCGUCUACGUCCCCGUCAUCAAGUACCUCGAGGAGCUGAGGAGCGGGGCCAGCUGAACCCUUGUCGGUGGAGGCGGCCAAGACGCGUUUUGAGCUCCAGAGUCGCUAAAUGG